AUGUCAUUAUCUUCAUCUGCAGCCGCGGCAGAAGAAGCAGCGGCAGAAGCAGCAAUAUCGUCGCCACCAAUUUCAUCACUAUUAUCAUCGUUGUCUCCGUCAUCAUUAUCAUUAUUAGCACCGAUGUCGUUGAUGUCAACCACAUCGCAACAACAACUACAACAACAACAAUACCAACAACAACAUCAACAGCAACAUCAACAGCAACAAAAACAACAUCAACAACAACAUUUUGACAACUUUUCGAUCUAUAGCCACCAUUUUGAAAAAGGCUUCGGUCAGUUUCCUCUCCCUCCUCCUCCACUUCCGCCACCGCCAUCUUGGAUUCCUGUGCCGGAAGUUGAUGAAUUGGCCAGGAAGGCUAUUCGUAGAUUCCUACUUAGAGAGGAAUGCAAAGCAUUUCUGACGUCAUUAUCAUCCUCAUCGAAAUCAUCAACAUCAUCACCUAAAACAUCAUCAUCACCACCUUCUGCUACGUCAUUAUCACCAGCUACAAUGACGACGACUGCGAAGAUGAAGAGAGAUAGAGAAGUGAAAAGAGAGAGGAGAAUUCCAUGUCUUGCUGGAAUGCCUGGGCCAAUCGGAUUGCCAGGGAAAGAUGGACGUGAUGGCCGUCAAGGGAGCAGGGGACCACAGGGACCGCCUGGCCAGAAAGGUGAAAGAGGGGAAAAAGGAAUGGCGGGAAUUGAUGGGGUAAAAGUGGUCAUGUUUUCCAGUAUUGCGGAAAUGUAUAGCACAAGGAUUGAAGGGAUUCUGGGAUACAACCGGAUCAACAAGCAACUGUAUCUCAGGGAUCACAAAGAGUGGAGAAUGAUCAAAGUGGAUGAAUAA